CGAAGAUCAUGAGAGAUUUUGUUUUUGAACUUCUGACCGGUGUGAAGACGAAGGAAAUCCCUAUUACUAGGGAUUUUAUUUCUAUUUUAGACGUAGUGAUCGAGGGACGUGAUAGAGAAAAAGGGCUGAUGGACGUUGAAACUCUCAAAGAGGCCGUGAUGACCAAUCUUACCCUGAGUAAUGAAUAUUAUGAGUUAUUCGAGAAAAAGAAAGAAGAAAAUCUCCAGGAGGUUGUGAUCAUGGGCAAUCUUUACAUGAACAAUACACAAGGGUUGACGGAUACUGAGGCUUUUGUGGAUAAACCCACCAUUGAUUCUCAAGGGCUGAAGGACGAAGAAACUCUCAAAGAGGCUGUGAUGGACAAUCUUACGAUGAACACCGAGCAACAAUUGACGAAUGAGAGUAUUGUACAUCAACCCAUCGAUGAUUCUAUUGUGUUAUUCGGGAAAAAAGUAGUGUUGAUGAAAUCACAGAAUUCUGUGGAGAAAGGUAAGCAAAUCUCGAAUUCUCCUGAAGUAUGCAAAGAAGAGAAGGUUUGGUAUCACAAUAUACCAAGGAAACCAAGGACCAAGAGAGUAGAGGUGUCUACUUCUAUGGAUUGCCCCGAAGAGUCUGAGAAGAGGAAGUUCUUUGAAGGGGAAAGUUCUGGAACAAAAGUUGUGAAGUCAAAGAGAGUAGAGGGGUUCAUGAAGCUUAUUGGAAUGGAUUGCACGACAAAUUUUGAGAAGACAGAUUCAAAGAGGAAGUUUUUUGAAGGUGAAAGUUCUGGAACAAAGAUUGUAAAGCCAAAGAAACCGAGGAAGAACAUGCCACAAACUGAUCCAAACCAAAAACCUGAUCUACCCGUAGAGUUCAAGAAUUUAAUCAGUGCCCUGGGGGGUUCUGAGCCAGUGUUAGUAAUACAAAAAUCCUUGUUCGAUACAGACGUUAGUAAUCAGCAUAAUCGGCUAUCGAUACCGAUAAAUAAAAUGGAAGAGGGUUUUUAUCUACAAGAGGAUGAGAAGAGAGCAUUGGACCUGCGCAAUGGAAAGAAGUGCGGUGAAAUAUCAGCAAGCUUGGUUGGACGGACCCUUGAAGAAAGUGAAAUAAAACUGAGGAAGUGGGACAUGAAGAAGGAGCAUAGUGGCACAAAUAAUGCAAUGUACGUUUUGACGCAAUCUUGGAACACGUUUAGGGAGAGUAAUGGACUGGAAGCAGGAAUGGUUGUGCAGGUUUGGUCAUUUCAAGUUAAUUCAAGGCGGUGGUUUAUUCUUGUUAACAACCGAGAAGAAUGUUCGAGUGACGAAAGCAACCGAUCUUGUGAUGGUGCAAGCACUAGCAAAAGCAGUAAUAUUGCAUCUGCUUCUGGCUCCAAAACCCAAUAA